UGCGCUCGUCCUCGUCGAUAAUCGAUAGACGGAUGCAGGUAGCCUUCCUCCCUACACACGCAGCAUCACCACGCAUCCUUACUCCACUGUGCAGUCUCUCUUAUUUUCCUCCCCAUCACCACACAUAUGAGAAAACGCUCGUGGGGGCCCUGCCUAUUGAUCUCUAAACAUCUGGAACACCUCAUAUUUGUUUUACAAGGCAGAGGCGAACAGUCUGUGCCCGAGAUAGAGGAGUGAGACAGCAGCAGCAGCAGCAGCAGCAGCACCAGGACGGACCACUUGACACCUUGCUUCACGGCAUCGAUAUGCAGUAGUGUGAUACCAGCUCUGCGGAGACGGGAAGGCCAGUCCAUGGCAUCUUGAUAUUAAAACCGUGGGCUCUGCGCAUUCCUCACCGACGGCGUAGUCUUUUUUCUGCGGAGUCGAAAGGAUUAACUUGGCCAGAUAAAGGCGGCGAGGGAGGAAAUCUUACCAAUAUUUCAAUUUGACCAGAUUCUGUUUGGGGGAUUCGUGGGAUAUCAUUGGACCUGCGAUGGACUCCAGCGCGGGGGAAUAUGGCAUGGCUCGUCUUGGAUUGUUUUUGGUUUUGAUGGGGCUGUGGAGAUUUAGUGAUGCUUGCCCCGCAUCCUGCACUUGCAGCAUCUCAAGGAUUGUUUGUAUUGAUUCUGUACCAGGGAUCGAGGAUUUCCCUGUCCUCACGUUAGAUGACAUGGAAAACAUCACCGAGAUAUUCGUUGCCAAUCAAAACAGACUGUUUGACAUCAACGACAACAGUUUGAGGCACUACAUAAACCUCAGAAACCUAACAGUGACAAAGACAAGAUUGACAUCUAUAUCAUCAGAUGCCUUUUUCAACAAUACAAGACUUCAAUAUGUAAAUCUCAGAGACAAUAAUCUAUCGACGCUGUCAUGGAGAACAUUUCAGAACUUUAACACAACAUUCCCGCUCCUCCUGUCUGGAAACCCUCUGGACUGUGUUUGUGAGAACUUGUGGAUCAAACUGAGGCUACAAGAGGAAAGCGACGGUCAAGAGCUGAAAUGCAUAGACGACAGAGGAGAGACGAAGGCCUUUGCCACACUCACUCCACCCGACUGUGUGGUUCCCAAAGUGGAGGUCAUCCCCAAAAUUGUGACCAAGAUGCAGGGGAGUAAUGUCAAAGCUGUGUGCAACGCCUCAGGCUCCCCUCUUCCUGAGAUCCUGUGGAACCUUGAUAUGCUCUCGACCCAGCACGAGAUCGAACCUUUGGAAACAGAGAGCAGCCUCACCCUGUCAGGCCUGUCUCCUGUGGAUAAUGGCAGGGUGAUCAUAUGCAGCGCUGAGAACAUGGUCGGUCAGACGGAGGCCACUCUUCAACUCAAUAUUCUCUUUGCCCCCACCAUCCAGCAGCUGCUGGGACCAGAGCAGAACCACCACUGGUGUAUCCCCUUCAGCGUGACAGGGAACCCCAAGCCUGAGCUGCAGUGGUACCACGAGAACGAGCCUCUCCAGGAGCAGGACUACAUCCGCACCAUGAUCCACGUGUCCACCGAGAGCGAAGAUCACGGCUGCCUGCAGCUGGUCAACCCCACACACAUUCACAAUGGUGUGUACAGGCUAGUGGCAAAGAAUGAGUACGGCCGGGACGAGAAGAAGGUCUCUGCCCAGUUCAUCAACCCACCUGAGACAGAAGACCCCUUCUACUACUACUCGCCUCUCCCUCCACUGGACGACAGUGUUGCAGUGUAUGUAGUUGUGGGAAUCGCAGGAGUUGCCCUGACCGGCUGUGUUCUAAUGGUGAUCAUUCUGAAAUACGGAAGAAACUCCAAGUUUGGUAUUAAAGGCUCCUCCUCAGUCAUCAGUAAUGACGAUGACUCUGCCAGCCCUCUUCAUCACGUCUCCAAUGGCAACAACACCCCGUCGUCCUCGGAGAUGGGUCCAGACGCAGUGAUCAUUGGGAUGACAAAGAUUCCUGUCAUUGAGAACCCACAGUACUUCCGUAACUCUGGCAGCAUGCUGAAAUCUGACACGUUUGUCCAGCACAUUAAGAGACACAACAUCGUACUGAAGCGGGAGCUGGGAGAGGGAGCCUUUGGGAAGGUCUUUCUCGCUGAGUGCUACAACCUGACACCAGACCACGAGAAGAUCCAUGUGGCAGUCAAGACUCUGAAAGAGGCCAGCGAGAGCGGCCGAGCAGACUUCUACAGAGAGGCCGAGCUCCUCACCAACCUGCAACAUGAACACAUUGUCACCUUCUAUGGAGUGUGUGUAGAGAGCGACCCACUCAUCAUGGUGUUUGAAUAUAUGAAACAUGGUGACCUAAACAAGUUUCUCAGGUCCCACGGUCCUGAUGCAGUGCUAAUGGCAGACGGUCAACACAGCAUCCUGGUGGAGCUCACCCAGUCCCAGAUGCUGCACAUUGCCCAACAGAUUGCUGCUGGCAUGGUCUACCUGGCCUCCCAGCACUUUGUCCACAGAGACUUGGCAACCAGGAACUGCCUGGUAGGAGAAAACCUGCUGGUCAAAAUAGGAGACUUUGGCAUGUCCAGAGACGUUUACAGCACAGACUACUACAGAGUGGGCGGUCAUACGAUGCUGCCGAUCCGCUGGAUGCCCCCAGAGAGCAUCAUGUACCGGCGAUUCACCACAGAGAGUGAUGUGUGGAGCCUGGGAGUGGUGCUGUGGGAGAUCUUCACCUACGGCAAGCAGCCCUGGUACCAGCUCUCCAACAAUGAGGUGAUUGAGUGCAUCACCCAGGGCCGUGUGCUGCAGCGACCCCGCACCUGCCCUAAAGAGGUGUAUGAUCUGAUGCUGGGGUGCUGGCAGAGGGAGCCCUACAUGAGGCUGAACAUCAAGGAGAUCCACAGUAUGCUCCAGAGCCUCGCCAAGGCCUCACCUGUGUACCUGGACAUACUGGGCUGAUGCACCGGUGUUUGUGUAUGUACUUUGCGUGUGUGUGUGCGUGUGCGUGUGUGAGGUGGGGCUUCAUAAGUGUUUGUGUGUUUGUCUGUCUGACGUGAUGUGACAGAGAGGAGGAGGAAAUGAAGGGUGUGUGUGUGAGUGCGUCUGUGUACAGUACCUGGCUGUAAAUGUUACUGUAAAUGCUAUCGUCCGCGUCCUCAUUACAUCGAGAAAAAGCCUUAAAUUUCGAGUGAUUUUCUUUUUUUGCUUUUUCUGUUCUUAUCCAUUCGCAGACGUUACUGAGGCAUGUUUCACAAGUGGAAACCAAAAUGCAUACAGGAUUAUGUCACUUUAUCCAAAUCAUAAAUGUAAAAGGCAUCAAAAUAAAUGAAACCCGAUAAUCAGACCCACUGAUUACUGGGUGAUUCUGUCUACAUCCAUACAGUAUGUGCUGCGAAUGAACAAAGGGAAAAUAACGUGUCUCUCCAUAACGGACCGUGUUCGGACUCAACUUCAUUGUAGAUAGAGCUUUCUCUUCUUUCCACAAUGUCACACAGAGCAACGUAUUCUGCCAGAAGAUGAAAUUAUUCAUUAAGUUACAGCUGAAGCUUUUUCUUUAAUAUGUCCAAAACCUAUUUUCAUAUUUGUAGAAUUUAUAAAUGUUGACUCAUAUCGAGCUGUUUGAUUUAAAUCUGUGCUUUUUGAGUCAAGGUCUGAAAAUUUUAAACAUAUGUUUAAAGUUUGUGUGAAACCCAUAUAGAUUCUCAUAGAUGCCUGGUAUAUGUGACCGAGUCCACUGAAGGACUUCACAAUGUAAAACCAGUGUUGAGGUUGUAAAACACAAGGGCAUACAGCAGUUUACAUUCUUUUUUUUUUCUUUUUUAAUAAUGCCAUAAUCAUUUGUCAUAUUUUCUGUAAAUAUCUGUUCAUAUUUCACACUAAUUACACAAGGUCAUCUAUAUUUACAAAGUGGUGUUUUAAACGUUGUGCUCCGCUCAGUUCGCAGCCUUUUCGUUUGAUGUAUCUAAAGCACAGAGUGAGGACUUGGCGGCGGUGUUGAGCUGUGCCUAUCCAGGAAAAAAAAAGAAAAAAGAGGAGCACAGGUUGCUUUUGUUUUUGUUUUUCAUUCACCAGCAAUGCCAUUUAGCAAACCGUUGUUGUUCGGUGGCCCAUAUCUGUAAGUGAUGUGGUUGUAUGCAUCCUCAAAGGCGGGUUUUCAAAUGUUGUGGGUGUUGCUGAUGAGAUUGUGUUUACGGUUUGGCGAGAGAAGAUGAGCUUAUGGAGUGUCAUCUUCGUUUGUUGUUUUUUUUAUUUGUGUAAUUUCUAAGAGGGAUUGACGAGGCAUUUCGAUGCAGUUCACUGUGUGCAUUGAUGUAGGUUAACUACGCUGAGGAUUUCUUUGUUUUCACCACUUUGGUUCUGUAUGUAUUGAAGUCGCUACCAGUUUAUUUGUUAUUUAUUUCCAUUACAGAGAGUACUUUGAAGAUCUAAUCUUUAAUUCCACAUAGUGGGCUAAGAGACAGCAGUAAAAGGAUUAAUUAAGAGUCUGAUUGCCCUUAAAGUGUCCCAGGGGUGCUUUCAUCUCUCUGAGCGGCCCCAGUCAGCCGGGUGGUGACUGAUACAGCUCCUCACCCCGUGCAGCUGUGAAGCACACUUGUAGGCAGAGGACCUUAAUGCUUGAAACUAGUUUGAAAAUGCAUCAUUUUUUCAAAUUAUCUUCAAUAGUUCUGUUUUCCUGAGAUAUUAUAUUAAAAAAGGCUAAAAUAUUAAAACAAGUGUGGUGGUUCAAAGUGUCUAACUCCUGCAUUAAUCUUUGCAAAAACAGCAGCAUUCACUCCCUCAUAACGACCGUCAUGUAUUUCCAUACGGAGGCAUGAAGCAGUAAGGCUCUUUGCUGAGACAAUACGUUUUGUUAAGUGCACUUUGUAGCGUUACUUAACCCCUAAAUGCACAACCUGAGCAGCUGUGCUCAGCACUGACCACUCUCCACCUCGACCUCAGCUGCUCUUACUAACAAAAAGAAAAGAAGAACAUUUCACCCUUGCUGUGCUGGCCAUGACUGAAGCAAGUAACUCUGACAUAUUGUCCUCGAUGAAAACAAGAUUUUCCUGUCCCUCUAUGUUUUUAUUACAGCGUUUGUCAGUUCUGUAUAAUAGUCACGUGUCUGCUGUACAUAAAUUGCUGUCCAUUCUGUACAGUUCUGAUAUUUGUCUAUAUGAAUAGUAGGCUAUGUUUAAUAGUAUAAUCUGUUUUAAGCAGGUAUCAUGUCAAAAACUGUGUGACAUCUAUUGAAGACAAUGUGUUAUGGGCCACUGGCAAUACAUACUAUAUGUAAAUACAAUUUUAUUUGUGCUACAUUGUAUAAUUUCUUUGUGCUCGUUCAUAAUACCAGUGAGAAUACAAUCCUUUUUUGGCAACUUUUGAUCUGCAGAGGACUUUCUUUGAACAAUGUGUUUUUCUCUGAAGAAGAAGAACAAAAAAGAAAAAAAAAAUAGAAGAAAAAGAAAAAUGAUCUCCUCUUUCCUCUCCACUGUGAUGGGGAGCUUACACAGAGGCUGUUUGAGAUUGUGUCUGUCUGUAGGAGGACCAUAGACUCUGGAUCUGAUUCAACAUCAGGAUCUCUCCUAGCUGACAGGCGUCCAAGCAGACGUGUGGCCGAUGGCGAGGAGGUCAAAGGUCGCCUCCUGGCCAACCCCACCACUCAACCUCUGACUGACUGUAGCCUAUUUUGAUCCUCUUUCAGAUGAAUAACUGUGACUUUGCAUCAUGAAUAGUAUAUUAUUUUGAAUGUAAUCUAGAAGGGUCGGGACCUUUUUUGAAUGUAAUCUAUCCUGGGGGGGCGGGGGAGGAUUAAUGAUUUUUUUUGUAAAUAUAUGGUAAAAGAAAAAAAGAUUACAGUUUUCAUUCCUGUGCAGAUAACAAAUUUUACUUACUAUGUGAAUACAAAGAGAGUGUUUAUGUGUGUGAGUGAUGUCUCUGAGGUGAUGUGUGUGCAUUUGCACGUGCAUCCGUAUGCAAGAGUGUGUGUGUUUGUGAGCGUGUGUGUGUGUGUGAGCGCGUGUGUGUGUGCGCUCUUCUGGCAGAUUUAAUCCUGCUUUAAUCAGCCAGUUCUAUCAAUCAAUUCAAUGCUUUGUGCAUCAUGUGAGUAGCUUAUCCACAAUUAAUGGAAAUGUUCCUUGUGAUACUGUGCAUUUAAUAAAGGUGGUAUGUCUUACAAUA